AUGGAGGAAAAUGAGGUAUUUGAUGACUUCUAUGCAAAGUUGAGCAAUAUUGUCAAUACAUCAUUUACUCUAGGAGAACCUAUUAAAUCAAGCAAAGUAAGGAAGAUUCUCAGAUCUCUACCUAAAAGAUUCACAAUGAAGGUGACAGCAAUUGAAGAGAGCAAAGACAUUGAUAAAAUAAAGGUAGAAGAACUAGUUGGCUCACUACAAACUUUUGAGGCAAGUUUUCUAAAACCUAAAAAAUCAAAAGGUGUUGCUUAUCUCUCUACUAAUGAUUCUAAUGAUACUGCUAAUGAAUUAUUGUUGUUAACAAAGAGUUUUAAGAAAUUCAUGAAGAACAGAAACUCCAAGGAUUUCAAGAAGGAGGAAUCUUCAUCGUCCAAAGCUGAAAAGAAAAGUAAAGAUCCAAAGUCUUCGCAAUGCUUUGAGAGUAAAGGAUUUGGACAUUUUGCUCAAGAGUGUGCAAAUCGGAAAAAGAAGCCGAAGGCUUAUCAGACCACUUGGAGCGAUGAUACAGAAGAAGAAUCUGACGCUGAAUCAGAGGAUGAAAAGGAUACUCUAGUAGUCUUUCCACUAACCUUAAGCGACCAAAGAUCCGAAACAAGCUCAGAAGAAGAUGAUUCGGUUGUUGAUAUAUGUGAGCUUCGGAGUGCCUAUGAAGACAUGGUUGAGGAAGCCAGAAAGGAAAUCAUAGAGUUGAAAGAAGAAAUAGCUGAGCUAGAGGCUUUGAAGAAACCUGAUGUAACCUCUGAUAUAGCCUACUUUACAGAGGCUGAAGCAAAAAGAAAAAGCAUGCUGAAAAAGAACAUACUUGAUAUGCAAAGGACAAGUAAGGAGACGUUUGGACUUGGAUACGAUAUAGGUGAAAAUUCACAAAUGGGUGCGCAAAACAAUACCCCAAAAUGUGUGAAGUUUGUUCCUUCCACCUCUAGGACCUUGGAGCAAGAAAAUCGAAAGUGCAAUAGACCAAACGUGAUGAAUGCUAAAACUGGAAGAGCACCUCCUCCGUUAAGGUAUGAAAAUUCUUAUCGAUUUGGCCGCACAGCUCAAUCAUUCCAUCCUCAAUCUUUUUAUAGGAGACAAAUUUCACAAAGAAGGACUAAUGUUGUGCAAAUGCAGAAGGAAAAUUUCUUUAAUAGGUUUCAACCGCUAGCUGAAGAUAUAACUCAGGACAGGCUACCUGAAAGGUUACCCAGAAAGCUACCUGAAGCAAAACGGCCUACACAAGCACCUCAAGCUAAUAAACAAUGGGUCAAGAAUUCAGAAUCAAGUGGCUGUUCACGACACAUGAGCAGUAACAAAUCAUUUUUCACAUCUUUCAAGUCUUUUGAUGGUGGAAAGGCUAAGAGAUCUUCGGACAACUACUAUACUAUCCCAACUGAACCUGAUUUUUCAUGCAAUUCUUCUAUUAUUUCUACCACAGACAGGUUGUGGCAUGAAAGACUUGGGCACCUCAACUAUCAAGACUUGAAGAAAUUGUCAAAUAAGGAGGUAGUACGAGGAAUGCCAAGGAUUGGCUCAACAAAAGGUAUGUGUGGUCCAUGCCAACAAGGUAUGCAAACCAAGGUACCACACAAGAAGGUAAGUAGUGUAAACUCUUCAAGACCUUUUGAAAUACUUCACAUGAAUCUUAUGGGACCUACCCAAGUUGAAAGUCUCGGAGGUAAGAAGUAUAUUCUUGUUGUGGUAGAUGACUUUUCAAGAUACUCUUGGGUACGGUUUUUGCGUGACAAAACUGAAAUAUUUGAAUCCUUCUAUGAAAAUGAAAAGAAAGAUAAUGGUUUUAAUUUGACUAAAAUUAGGACAGAUCAUGGAACUGAGUUUGAAAAUGCUACAUUCAAUUUUUUUGCAGAUGUUUUGGAAUCAAACACGAGUUCUCUACCCCAAAGACUCCUCAGUAGAAUCGUGUUGUGGAGAGGAAGAAUCGGGUUUUGGGCUGAAGCAGUAAACACUUCAUGCUAUAUCUCGAAUCGAGUUCAUGUGAGAUCUGGAACAAAACUCACAUGUUAUGAACUCUUGGUAGGAAAGAAGCCCACGGUGAAACACUUCAAAGUACUUGGAAAUAAGUGUUUUAUCCUUCGAGAUAGGGAAAACAUUGGUAAAUUUGACACUAGAAGUGACGAAGUGAUGUUGGACAGGGAAAAUGUAUUUCAGCCGUCAAAUGAUGGGCUAAGUACAAGUGCUGAAAAGGAUUCUGAAGGUACCGAUGUAACUUCACAGCAGGCUACCUCUCCACAAGCAGAACCUACUGUAACCACUGAAGUAACCUUGGAAAAGCCUACAUCAACACAAGCAGUGAAGCAGUUUACCCCAGACGUUCUUGAGCCAUCUAAAAGAGUAAAGAAGAACCAUCCACAAGAUCUCAUUCUUGGAGAAAUAACCGCCCCCAUGAAGACAAGAAGGCAACUUCAAAAUGAGGUAAGUUACUGUUGCUAUGUGUCUCAAUAUGAGCCCAAAAAUGUUAAGGAUGCCUUAAAUGAUGAGUCAUGGGUGGAUGCAAUGCAUGAAGAGCUAAAUCAAUUUGCACGCAAUGAUGUUUGGACUUUAGUUCGUAAACCUGAAAAUUCCAAUAUCAUUGGGACAAAAUGGAUUUUCAAGAAUAAAACUGAUGAACAUGGUUUGAUUACUAGGAAUAAAGCCAGAUUAGUUGCAAAGGGGUAUACACAAGUUGAAGGGGUUGACUUUGAUGAAACAUUUGCACCUGUUGCUCGUUUGGAAUCCAUUCACAUUCUUUUGUCUAUAGUAAGCUUACUUUGUUUUAAGUUGUUUCAAAUGGACGUGAAAAGUGCAUUCUUGAAUGGAUUAUUAAACGAAGAAGUAUAUGUUAAGCAACCUCAAGGAUUUUCAAAAGGAACUGUUGACAAGACACUCUUUGUUAAGAAAGAUCACAAACAUAUUUUGGUUGCUCAAAUAUACGUCGAUAAUAUUGUGUUUGGAUCCACUUCUGUGAAGCAAUCCCAAGAAGGGAUAUUCAUUUUUCAAACCAAGUAUGCAAGCAACUUGGUGAAGACAUUCAAUGUUGCCUUGAGCAAACCAGCUCCAACUCCUAUGAGCCCGAGCAUUAGGCUAAGCAAGGAUACAAUUGGAAAGUCUGUGGAUCAGACUUUGUAUAGGAGUAUCAUAGGAAGCUUACUUUACUUGACUGCAAGUAGGCCUGACAUUGCAUUAAGUGUUUGUGUGUGUGCUAGGUACCAAGCCGAUCCCAAGGAAUCUCUCCUUUCGAUAGUGAAAAGGAUCUUGAAGUACAUCAAUGGUACACUAGACUUCGGAAUUUUCUAUUCAAAGGAUACUAAUACGUCAUUGGCAGGUUACUCAGAUACUGACUGGGCAGGUUGCAGCGAUGAUAGAAAGAGCACUUCAGGUGGAUGUUUCUACUUAGAGGAAAGUAUGACCAUAUUUUGUGAUAAUAUGAGUGCUAUUAACAUUUCUAAAAAUCCUGUUCAACAUUCUAGGACUAAGCAUAUUGACAUUCGUCAUCAUUUCAUUCGAGACCUUGUUGAAAGCAAUUGUGUGAAACUUGAGUACAUAGCUACUGAAAAUCAAUUGGCCGACAUUUUUUACAAAACCUCUAGACACGCAAAGGUUUUUGUUCCUAAGAAAAACACUAGGGGUAAUCAAAAUAGAAUAGAUUUUCCAAGUAAGCUUGAGUUCUUUGGGAAAUUUGAUGCAAGCAACACAAAUGGAAAGGGCUACGUCAAAGCUAAAAGAAAACGGGAGAUUCCAGAGCCUUCUUCAUCAGCAAAAUCGAAGAGACCUCUGAAGAAGCCGAAGAAGUCAAAGAAGCCACGAGAACCACCCAUGGAAAGGUUUUCCACCACUGAUGCUGAAGCCUUCUUUGAUGCUCACUUCGAGUGCCGUGCUCUCAGCACUGAAAGAAAAUUUCUUUUCUCUGAGUUAGAUGACCCUAAUCUGUUUCAUGUCUUCGAAUCUCGUUCAUGGUCCCCCAUUGUCGACUUAACAGAUAGAGAACUUGAUGAUGAGGAACUAGGGGUAAUUUCUGGUUUUGUUUGGGGUGUUACAUUCAAUUUUUCGAAAACCCAAAUUUCUAAAAUUUUGAACAUUCCUCUUGUCCCUGAUGCUAAGUUUGAUGUUUUUGAUCCUCCUACUGACCCACCUGUGAAUGACAUUUAUUAA